AUGUCGACUCUUGCUGCGUUCAAGAUCCCCAACAUCGCCAAUGAGCCCAACAGACACUAUGCCAAAGGCUCUCCAGACCGGGAAGGCCUUGUGGCUGCAGUAGCUGCGUUUCAAGCCAGGGCGCCUAUCGACGUUCCUCUGGUGGUCUCCGGCAAAUCCAUCAAGACUUCUACCAUUCUCACCCAGAACAACCCCUCCUCCCACUCCACCACCAUCGCCAAAUACUCCAAUGCCUCCAGUGACGACGUCAACAACGCCAUCGAGGGAGCCCUUGCCGCGAAGCCCGCAUGGGAAUCUCUCCCAUUCGCCGAUCGGACGGCCAUCUUCCUCAAGGCGGCCGACCUCAUCAGCACAAAAUACAGAUAUGAGAUCAUGGCCGCGACAAUAUUGGGACAGGGCAAGAACGCAUGGCAGGCCGAGAUCGAUGCGGCUGCUGAGUUGGCUGAUUUCUUGAGAUUCAAUGUCAGAUACGCAGAAGAGCUAUACGCUCAGCAGCCACCUUACAAUUCUCCGGGCAUAUGGAACAGAGUCGAGUACAGACCCCUGGAAGGAUUUGUCUACGCCAUCUCUCCGUUCAAUUUCACCGCCAUCGGCGGAAACCUGCCAGGCGCCCCGGCGCUGAUGGGUAAUGUGGUGGUCUGGAAGCCGAGUCCCUCGGCCAUCGCCUCAAAUUACUUGGUCCAUCAGAUUCUGCUAGAAGCUGGUCUUCCUGCAGGCGUGAUCCAGUUUGUCCCAGGCGAUGCUGAAGAGGUGACUAAGGUUGUCCUUUCACACAAGCAAUUCGCUGCCCUGCACUACACCGGCUCGACGGCUGUCUUCCGCAAACUGUACAGUCAAAUUGGCCAGGGUAUCGGCGAGGGCAGAUACAAAGGAUACCCUAGGAUCGUGGGAGAGACUGGUGGCAAAAACUUCCAUUUGGUCCACAACAGUGCAGACAUUGACAACGCAGUGGUGCAGACUGUCCGCGCAGCUUUUGAGUACCAAGGUCAGAAGUGUAGUGCUUGCUCCCGGUUGUAUGUGCCGUCGUCGAUCUGGCCAGAGUUCAAGUCCAAGCUGAUUUCAACGACGCAAAAAUUGAAGAUCGGACCGCCAGAGGACUUUGGCAAUUUCAUCGGCCCGGUCAUACACGAGGCCAGCUUCAAGAAACUAUCCGGAGUCAUCGAUGCCGCAAAGAACGAUAAGGAUCUCGAGCUACUCACCGGUGGCAAGUACGACAGUUCCAAGGGAUAUUUUGUGCACCCCACCAUCUACGAAACCAAGGAUCCGGAACACAAGAAUCUGAAGACCGAGUUCUUUGGCCCCAUCUUAACAACCUACGUGUAUGAUGACUCGAAGCUGGAUGCCUUUGAGCAAGCCUGCAAACUGGUAGACAGCACUUCCGACUAUGGUUUGACUGGGGCCAUCUUUGCGCAAGAUCGUGCUGCCGUUAGAUAUGCCGAGGAGGCAUUGAGAAACGCCGCUGGCAACUACUACAUCAACUGCAAGUGCACAGGUGCCGUUGUUGGCCAACAACCUUUUGGCGGGGCGAGAGCAUCGGGGACGAACGACAAGGCCGGCUCGGCUGCUAUUCUGUCGCGCUUUGUGAGUAUGAGGGCACUGAAGGAAGAGACUCUCCCGACGACAGAGGUGGAAUAUCCUUCCAAUGAGGUGUAA